GUACUUCCUGGUGACAGAAGAGAUCGCAAACAAGGAUAGCUCAAACCGUCUUAUACAGUGUUGUAACAAUAAACGUAAAUAAUAAAACUCUAAGCAUGUUUUCCUUCAACAUGUUUGAUCACCCAAUCCCACGAGCUUUCCAAAACCGUUUCUCCACACAAUAUCGCUGCUACUCUGUGUCCAUGCUGGCGGGACCCAACGACCGAUCUGACGUGGAGAAAGGAGGAAAAAUUAUUAUGCCUCCGUAUGCACUUGAUCAACUCAGUCGUCUUAACAUCACAUAUCCGAUGUUGUUUAAGCUGACCAAUAAGAACUCGGAUCGCAUGACACACUGUGGUGUAUUGGAGUUUGUUGCCGAUGAAGGAAUUUGUUACUUGCCUCACUGGAUGAUGCAAAACCUGCUACUGGAGGAGGGAGGGCUGGUGCAGGUGGAAAGUGUUAACCUCAUGGUGGCCACAUACUCUAAAUUCCAGCCCCAGAGCCCAGAUUUCUUGGACAUCACCAACCCCAAAGCAGUACUGGAAAAUGCCUUGAGAAACUUUGCCUGUCUGACCACCGGGGAUGUCAUUGCUAUAAACUACAACGAAAAGAUCUAUGAGCUGAGAGUUAUGGAGACCAAGCCAGACAAGGCAGUGUCCAUCAUUGAGUGUGAUAUGAAUGUGGACUUUGAUGCACCACUAGGUUACAAGGAACCAGAGAGACGCUCACAGCAUCAUGAAGAGCCAACAGAGGAAGAGGGUGACACUAGCAGUUAUGCUGAAAUGGAUGUUGGAUUCAGAGCAUUCACUGGCUCAGGAAACCGUCUAGACGGCAAGAAGAAAGGCGUAGAGCCCAGCCCAGCUCCUAUUGAUCCAAGUGAUAUCAAAAGAGGGAUUCCAAACUAUGACUACAAAAUUGGGAGGAUAACUUUCAUUAGAAACUCAAGACCUCAGCCCAAGAAAACAGAUGAUGAGGAUGCUAUGAGCCGUUUUAUUGCCUUCUCCGGGGAGGGACAGUCGCUACGCAAGAAGGGAAGAAAACCCUAGAGGACCUGAUCUGUGAAUUGUGGAGAGACUGACAGCAGACUUUCCAACUGAAAUAGCCCCAUGGAAUAACAAAACCAAAUUCCAAAUAGAAUCUCACAGCACAGUUUUGACAAUUACAUUUUCUUUCUUCCAUAGUUGGGAAGCAUCUUUGUUUUUUUCUUUGGUUUGUUUUGUUUUAGCAUUCAUUUAUAUAACAGCAUAUACUUCAAGGCAAUUGAUUCCCUUUUGGUGAAUGAUUGAAUUUUUUAAAAGGUUUCCAUGGGUAAGGUGGUUUGAACUUCUUUUCUUUAUAAAGGUAAUAUUGAGUGAGGAAGGAAAGACCUUGAAAGAACAACCCUUUGGUUUUUUGUGUUAUUUAUCAAGGCUAUUUCAUAGCACCAGAUACUGAAAUGAGAAAAGUGUACCAUUUGAUUAUUUAUAUAAAAUAAAAUAAAUGAGUACUUUGGGUAAACUAGAAUUUCUGUGCUUUUGUGCUAGGCAGUUCAAUGUCAUAGAAGAUAUAAAUAAUUUGCAGUUGGGACCAGGUUAAUUGUGAUUGCAUGUAUAUGAGUGACAGAUUUCAGCUUUU